CUCACGUCUCUCGGCUUUCGGCGGCGCGGUCAAAGUCUCGACUCUCGACAUCAACAUUUCUCUCCUCUCUCCCUCCAUCUCCCUCCCGCCACAUCAUCUCUGGACACUCAGGGGACAACUUGUUGGCCUAGCUUUUCGGUCUCAGACUCCACUGCUGAUAAACCCGCCUUCUUGGAGCUAUCGGCCGUCCAAUAACCGGGCUACCUGUGUUUCACUUAUUCCUGUGUUUCCCUCAAACGCCAUAUUCGCGGUCACCGACACUCUUGUAUAGCACAACCUCGCCGAACGAGACCGGGCAACAUACUCAAACCCGCCUGCUUUAAUGAUUCGCAUCGCUAACGGGGACACAGGCAUGCAUCACGAGAACAUGGACCAUCAACGCGAUGGCCGCGCCCUCGUGCAUGACCCGCCUGACUUGGCGGAGAGCUCUCGCUCGCCGAAGCGCGCACGCAACAAUAGCACAGCGCAGGCGAGCCCGAGCGCGCAGCCGAUACAGCCUAUCCUUUACCCGGCAUCGCACUCAAUACCGCACCCACCGCCUCAAUCCAUGCACCAGAUCCCUCAUUCUGUGACACCAGGCGGGCACCAUUCGGGAGGGGAGGGCGAGGGGGUGCAUGUAUCGGGAAGAGGUACGCCGGAGGAGCCUCACGCACCUCCGUCGGGAUCAGGACGCAAGUCGCAUAGCAAGAAGCAGCCGUUGUCGUGCGCAGAAUGCCGCAGGUUGAAGUUACGCUGCGAUCGGGUGUUCCCGUGCCAGUCAUGUACGAAGCGAGGGUGCGCAGAGAUAUGUCCAGACGGUGCUUUGACUUCGGGGAAAGGAAGCAGGUUCAUCUUGGCGAACACGGAACAACUUCACGCAAAGAUCAUCAACAUGUCAGAGCGUAUCCGCGUUCUCGAAGAAGCGCUCAACGCCGCACACGCAAACACGUCACCGCCGCCGACCAUCCCACACCCCCUACUUAGCUCUGAUCAGCUUCUUAUCAAGAACGCGCUGGAGCUCUACUCAUCAGCCGCCCCGCUCCCGAGCCGCCCGCCUUCUGGUAAUGGCGUCCAGCACCAUUCUGGGAAUGGCACGGUCGUUCAGAACGGCUCGCCAGACCCUCACUCACCCGUGCACUCCAUUUCCCGUCCUCUCCUUCACGAUGGUCCUGGCCCUUCGUCGCCUCCUCGUUCUGAAGCAAUUAUCAAAACUUCUCCCACUCCAAGCGAGUAUUCACUACCUCCAGAAGUCGCGCGCCUAAGCGCCUCCUUCCCUCUCCCCUGGGCUACAGUAAACCCCCCUCGCCCCCAAAUCUACGCGCUGCUUCCUCUCAGGGAAGAGGCGACUCGCCUCUGCAUGAUAGCGCGCGCGAAUGCGCUGUGGCAAUACAACCUGGACCCGUCGGAGACGUGGCUCCCGAACAUUCUUCAUCAUGUGUACACAACGCCGCUGCCCGAGGUCAACUUCCGCCGCGUCGGUCUGCUCUAUAUGCUAUGUGCUAUGGGUCUGCUGGUAGAUCUGAACGGCGAGAAGGAGAGCCCGAUGGCGGAGGUUUACCAUCAGCUUGCCAGGGCGAGUCUUUGCGAGAUUAACGUGCUGGAUGAGCCAAGUUUGGACUUGCUACAGACGCUGUUUUAUAUGAUCUGGUAUCUCCUGAUUUUUUCGGACAAGGCUCAGGCUGUAGCAUAUGCGUGGAGUCUCUCGGGUCUCGCUAUGAAACUUGCUCAGAGUUUGGGUCUACAUCGCGAGGGACACAAGUCGAAGGCGAUCCCGGAAGAAUCGCAAAGGCGGCAGAUGCUCCUUUGGGAACUACUUUCGCUUGAUGCGCGCUUGGCACUCUCUCUUGGGCGACCUCCGUCGAUCUCGAUCGAUCACGUAGAUUGCCGGCGGCCGUCGUAUACGGCCGACGGUAUGGUAAUUGCGCCUGGGUGCCCGUCUUACCACGAGUGGAAACACUCAUUCUACGAGCAUUGCCUCGCCCCGGUGCUGGGCACGAUGAUGAGUGCCCACGAGCCACAGUAUGCACACGUCAUUGAGACGGACGCGCGUGUGCGGGGCUUCUUGGUGCCAGACGCGCUUGAUAUCUUCACGUCGGUUGGCGUUGACUCGCUUGACAUCCAUGGCCCUGCUUGGCUCGGAAAGAGCCGAGGUCCGCGCGAGUGGGGGCUGGAGCCCGGGUCAGUGGCGAAGCGGCAGCUGACGAUGCAGCAGGUGCUUGUCAGCACUGGACGGGAGAUUGUGUUGUUGCAGCUGCACCGGAACUUCCUCACGGAUGCUCUGAGCGAUGCAUCGGAGUUCUCGUAUGCGCACCGGUAUGGGCCAAGUGUGAUUGCAACAUAUGGCGCUGCGGCACGCUUGAUUGCGACGCUGGAUGCGAUGGAGAAGAAUGAACCGGCUCUUAGCAAGCGCUUUAUGUGUUUCUGGUUCAAUGCGUUUUCUGGGGCGGUCGCGUUGUCGCUGAUUGUGUCGCGGGCGCCUUCACUCAGCCUCGCGCCCUACGCCCUCGGGGAACUCGACAAGGUUCAUCGCCUGUUCUCCAAGGUUGCUGAGGAGUGUCCUAGAGUUCAUCAGGCUCUGCCGCUGCUGAGCAAGAUCGUGGAGAAAGCGCAUCGCUCGUAUGUACAGUGGCAUCAAACGCAAGUACCGCCCCAGCGUUCUGUCUCGGGCUAUGCUCCAGUCAGCUCGGCACGCACUGAAAGCCGCGACAGCGAUGGUGUCCUGGCCGACGGUGUAUCCCCAGCGUCCUUCGCGCAUGUUCACGGCGAGCUGCGCCAGUUGCUGUGUGCAGUCGAGCGCGACGCCCCGCCGCCCGUGCGCGAGCACUCGCCCACGUCGUGGUCGGGCAAAGCACCAUUUUCCAACGUGGACAGCGACGAGAUGCUGGCGAGCUUCCGCCGGUCGGGCGGUAGUUAUGGGGAUGUCGAGAUGCACUUGGGCGGCGGAGGCCAACGCGUUGGGAACCACACGUUUAACCUUGAUUUUGGUGCUCUGGGGUCUAACCUCGAGAACCAGAGCAGCACGUACAUGUCGUGGUUCUGACGUUGCAACUGUUUUGCUUGUUAGUGAUGUCUGUCGAUUUUCUUCCAUCUCUGUUUUGCUUUUCACUUGGUUCUACCCAAUCCUUGUGAUCAUGUUGCCGAUCACACUUCCAUUCCAUCCACGUACACGUAGUGAAGAUUGGCACAGCGCAUAGUUUCUCUGUGGCAUAUUGUCGAGUAGUUUAGCUUCACUCUUCCUGUAUUUUUCCCAAAGGCGUCUUGCUUUACCUGACGCGGAGUAAUGACAUUGUAAC